GACAUACCGGCAGGUAACAAUUUUCUAUAAGAAAAUUUUCCUAAUUUCAAGCUAGCAUUAAACCCCUCGCUCUCAAAAUCUCAAUCACCGCAAGUCAUUCCCUUCUUGAAGCUUUUUCAGCCAAUAAAACAUCUCAAUGAUGUGCUUGACUUUCCGAAUGAAUGGAUGACUCAUGAUUAGUAAAGGACUGGUUCAUCAGAGGGAGACAUGGAUAUUGUUCCUCUCGCCAUUAUCUAUUUCUGGUUUUGAAGAAAAAGGGAGACUGGUGGUGAUCAAGCUAUGGCUUCUGGGAAUCACGGGUCUAACUGUUCUGAGGCAACAGUUGAGAUAAAGAUAAAAACUUUAGAUUCACAAACAUAUACCUUGCGUGUGGAUAAAUGUGUCCCCGUACCUGAGCUGAAGGAACAAAUUGCUACUGUUACUGGUGUGCUAUCUGAACAACAGCGCCUUAUUUGUCGUGGAAGAGUUUUAAAGGAUGAUCAGCUGCUCUCGGCAUAUCAUGUGGAAGAUGGUCACACUUUGCAUUUGGUUGUUAGACAACCAUUUCUGCCAUCAUCAGAUAGCUUGCCUAAUAAUGAUCCAGGUCCCAGUGUAUUAGUUGGAGCCUUUUCUGAAGAAGGUGAUGGAGUCUUUUCCUCAUUUAAUCAGAUUUUCUCAGCUAUUCUCAGUUCCAUUGUUGUUGGAAGUGGCAGCGAAGGGUUUAAUCUCAGGGAACCUUCUAAUAAUGGCUUGGUAGGUUCUAGUGGACAACACCACCAAGCAACUUUGCAGCCACCUGUGAUUCUUGAGUCGUUGACAACUUUGUCCCAAUAUCUCAAUCAUUUGAGACAUGAAUUUGGGCCGAAUGUGGAUGAUGAAAACAAUUCAAACUUUGCUGCAACUCAUGGGAGAAAUGUACAGAACUCUGAAACCGUCCUCCCUUCAACUGCUGGGCAAGAAGCGCUUGCAAGGCCAGCUUCCUUGGCAGAAGUGUUGUUGUCAACCAGGCAAUUGUUGAUUGAACAAGUUGCUGAUUGCCUAUCUCAACUUGCACAACUACUAGAGGAUCAAGAAAAUGUUAUGGAUUUAUUAGCCUGGGCUAGUGUUCAGACAAACAGUCUUAGAUCAGGAGUGCUUCUGCAGAAUUUGGGUGCUUUGCUGCUUGAACUUGGUCGUAUAACUAUGACACUGAGACUGGGCGAAACACCGGCUGAUGCUGUGGUAAAUGCUGGACCUCCUGUAUUUAUAUCCGCUUUUGGUCCAAAUCCGAUGAUGGUUCAGGCACCACUUUCCUUCCAACCUGGAGCAAGUUAUGGGACAACUCCCAUUGGAACUGCUGAGGUCCUGCGGAAUCGCAACGUAAGAAUACAAGCAGGUUCAUUGAUGCCAUCAGUUAAUGCAAAUGAAAGGGAGCCAUCUACUGGAGAAACCAACCCACCACUUUCUGGUGGUUCAAACUCUCUUCAUCAAGCUACUGCUGUACCCUCAGGGAAUCCGCCCUCCAUUAGGGUUUCUGACGUGCAGGUAGUGCCAAUUAGGGCUGUGAUCACUGCAGUUACUGCUCCAGUUAGGCAAAAUCCUGAUUUAUCACAUAGUUCAAUGGGAUUAUCCUAUCCAGUCUUAGCUCCAGUUCAACAAUUGAAUUCUGAAGCUACGGAUACCACUAGUAACUCUCAUCCAUCUAGUGACCAUAACCAUAAUGUACCUAUCCAUGUUGGCGGUGGUAUUAACUUUCAGGGUACAGCUUCAAAUUCCCAGCCACCUGAGGCUGCUGCUAACACACAAGAGGCAACAGUAGAUAAUGAAGGAGCAUUCUUGUCUAAUGUGCUUCAACAAAUUAUGCCCUUUAUAGAUCAAGAUGCAGCCUUGGGUUCUUCCAGGAUUGAUUCUGGUAAUAUGGAAGCUUUGACACAGGCUUCAGAAUCGGAUGUUGGGGCUUCCUCAAGAGCACGAAUUGAUCCUUCAUCGCCUCGUCCUAGCAAGCGACAAAAGAGGGAAUAAUUUACCUUGAAGUCCUGUAUAGGAGUGCAGCCUUGGCGUGCGCGCAGAAACUUUGACAGCCACAUUGAAUUAGCGCAAAGAAUUUAGCGAAUUUUAGACCAACACAGUUUAAUUUUUACUCGUUUCAUUUUGAUAAAGCCGAAAUAAUCGUCUUUGUAUUUUAAAGAAAUAUAAUUUUGGGAGAUGGGAAAUUACUCUUGUCGUUGAUAUACAAUUCUUGAGAUCCAGUCCUUAACAGACCGUAACAAAUAUUUGCUGCUUCAUUUCUUUUUCUAAAUCGGGAGAUACAAUCCAAGAUUCA